UCGCAGCUCUUAUUUCGCGGCCAGCAGCUAAGGAGGUACCCGUGUUGUUGACGGAUGUGCUAGCACCCCACCGCGACCGCACACGGGUUCUGUGUGGGUGUUUUAUUUAGCACGAACAUAUUCACGUUAUUUGCGCGAUCCGCGAGUGUCGUGCGUCGUCCGCCAGUCGCAGUCUGUAUUUUAUUCUCAGUUGGUCCGUAGCUAGCGACAGAAGCAAACACUCGAUCCUACGACGACGGUACGGAGAGAAGGAAAAUCAUUUUCGCACUUUUCCGCCCCAGCAUCGUCACCGAAAGAAAGAAAAUCUCGCUGUGCUACACACAGAUUCAAGUCGCAAAAUCCGCGCGUGUGUGAAGUUCGGGAGGAAAAAUUCCUACGACGGAAACAUUUCAUAACAUUGGCAGUGAGAAAAAUCGGAACGGGUCUUCCGGGAAACGGGAAUCGGAGAGCAUAUCCUGGGGAUUGAAAGUUCGAUUUGACUGUGAAAGUGUGAGGUGCAUGGAGGACGACAUGACCAAGGAGGUAAUUCCGGCCAGCCCGGAACGGGGCCGGGAGUUUAACAAGCUAUCGCUGGUGCAUCGGGUGUACUUUGCCUGCAAGGAUGGAUUCGCCAGGCUGUUGCUGGCCACGCUCAAGGAUAUCAGCUGCGAGCACGAUCGGAAGGCCAUCGUCGAUCAGGAAUUCUGCGAAGAUGAGCGCCAGCUCUACACCCCACUGAUCGUGGCUGCAAUGAACGGGCACUUCGACGUGGUUCACAUCCUGCUAACCCAGCUGAAGCCGAACUUGGAGAAGGAAGGCCGCGUCAAGUUCGAUGGUCACCUGAUCGAGGGAGCCUCCGCUCUGUGGGUGGCCGCCGGUGCGGGACAUCUGAACAUUGUGAAACUGUUGAUUGAAUAUGGUGCCGACAUCAAUCACCACACGAAGAAUGUGUCCACUCCGGUACGGGCGGCCUGCUUCGACGGGCGGUUGGACAUAAUCCGGUACCUGGUCGAUCACGGUGCCGAUAUCAAUCUGCCCAAUGGGUACAACAAUACGUGCUUGAUGAUUACUUCGUACAAGGGCCAUGCGGAUGUGGUGGAAUACCUGUUGGAGAAUGACGCUUUGCCGAAUGAGCAGGCAAACUGUGGUGCGACGGCACUGCACUAUGCGGCCGAAUGUGGUCACGCGGAGGUUUGUACGGUUCUGUUGGACUACGGGGGUGUUUUCAAGCGGAACGAAUACGGGAUGUCUCCGGUGAUAUGCGCUGCGGAGAGAACCCGAGAAUCGGUGGUGCAGCUGUUUGUGAACCGACCGGGACUGUUAACGAAGGACGAGCAGAUCGAUGCACUGGAGCUGAUGGGAGCGUCGUUUGCGAAUGACAAGGAUAACUACAGCUUGGUGAAGGCUUUCCACUAUCUAAUUUCAGCAAUGGAGUUGAGAUACGAAGACAGCAAUGACAUCGUUCAGAAACCACUCCUUCCUCCCAUCGCGGCAUACGAACACUGGAUCGAGUGCCAAACCAUGCAUGACCUCCAGGCCAUCCGGUACAACCACAAUUCGCUGCACAUGGAAUCGCUAACCAUUCGGGAGCGCAUCCUUGGCCGGCACUGCCCGGAGGUGGCUCAUUCGAUUGUGUUCCGCGGGGCGGUUUGUGCCGACAAUGGUCGAUUCGAUCGCUGUGAAAGCCUCUGGCUGCACGCAAUGCAUUUGAAGCAGCAAAAUUCUCUCUCGGUUCAACGCGAUCUGCUUCGUUUUGCGCAGCUUUUCUCGCAGAUGCUGUCGAUCAAUGUUAUACUGAGGUUCGCCAAUGUGGUCGAUGUGCUGACGGCUUGCGUGGAUGAACUGGCGCUGAAUCAGUUCAAAAUGAUUAGUCCGGGAGAGAAGGAUUUGCUGGAAGUGAUAGCCGAAGAGUAUGAACUGAACAUUGUAACCGUGCUAUACCUAAUCACUAUCAUAACCAAAUUGAUAAAAAUGAAAAACGCAGAUAUUACGGAGGAUAAUCUCAGGGACGUAUAUAGGUUAGUCUAUAAGUUGAACAAUUUGUCGGUACGGCUCAGAGACGAUCAGUCUCUGAUGCACCUUUCAGUAAAUGGAGUCACACCGGUAGACGACUUCCAUACGGAUGACAUUUGUAGAUUUCCGUGUGUUGACACCGUAAAGCUGCUGUUAAAAUGUGGUGCAUCGUUAGCCGUAGUAGAUGCCGAUCGGAACACUCCUCUCCAUACGCUGUGUUCCACGCUACAGACUGCCGUAAUUAGAAUGUCGGACAACGACGUUAGGUCCAUCGUGAAAGAUCUAAUCGAACUGUUCAUCGAUGCCGGUAUCCACCUGGACGCUGUCAAUUGCGACGGUCUCAAGGCGUCCCAGGUUUGCGUUCAAAAUUCGGUGGGAACAUUCAUCAAGAGCUACGAGACACGUGCAAUCAAUCUGAAAUGUUUGGCCGCCCGUUGCAUAGCGCUGCACCGUGUGCCUUUCAAGGAAACAAUUCCCCGACAGUUGGAGGCCUUCGUGCAGCUGCAUUGUUCAGAGAAAUUCUGAAUGCUCUUGCAAGUCUUCCAAAAGAAACUGCUAGGGAAACUGGCAACGUAAGCAAUUGAGAAUUCGAAGCAAACCCACCAGCAACCGUUAACAACGAUCAAAUGAGGUAGUUGGCAGAAGGAUCCAGAAGUGGGGUGAAGGAAACCCCACGCUCAACUCUGUUUUAUAUAACACGUACGAUACAUACUGUAGUGAAGAAGGGAAGCAAAUAUUUAUGAAACUUUUUACAAAAUGUAACCACCAAUUGUGAUUGAAUGCGGAUGGUGCACCGGGACGACGCUGAUGCAGCAGGUAAAGUGCAAUUUAAUUAGUUCUGUACUAUGAUUACGGCUGUAAAAUGGAACCGGGCUGAAAUGGGCGACAAGUUUCCCGUUGCGAAAUGCUGAGUAUCAUUAAGAGUGGAAUAGCUUUCUGUUUUAAAUUUUACUGUGGUAAAAGGUCGAUAUUUUUACAAGAAAAUAGGUGAAUUUGAAA